CCCCACACUGCCUCUUUGACCACUACAGCUACCACUGCCCAGCUCCAGGAUAACUACCAGCCUUACUGAGACCGCUCUUCUCGGACCCCUCUACUCUGCCUCGUACCUCUCUGCCCCUCUCCUUUGAUUAGCAUAUGACUGCAACCAUGGCUGACAUCAACAAUGGUUAUGAACAAAGGUUUCAGGCAAACGGACAUCAUAAAGAGAUUGACCUGAUCAACAGAGACCCCAAGCAAGUCAACGAGGAUGUAGUGAAGGUGGACUUUGAGGAUGUGAUCGCUGAGCCUGAUGGGACUCACAGUCUGGAUGGGGUGUGGAAAGCCAGUUACACCACCUUCACUGUGUCCAAAUACUGGUGCUACCGCAUCCUAUCAGCCAUUUUGGGGAUCCCAGUGGCUCUGCUGUGGGGCUUCCUAUUCGCUUGCCUCUCCUUCUGCCACAUCUGGGCCGUUGUGCCAUGCAUUAAAAGCUGUCUGAUCGAGUCCCAGUGUCUGAGCCGUAUCUACUCCCUGGCCAUCCACACCUUCUGUGACCCCCUAUUCGAAGCCCUGGCAAAAAUAUUCUCAAGUGUUCGAGUGGUGCUACGGAAGGAGGUGUAGGGUUCAGAAGCAUGGGAAUGGGACAGGGAGGAAGUGGUUAGGCUGCUCUCCACCCAUUUGUUAGCAGAUGCUCUCAGCUACAUUAACUUACAGUUAGUGAAUUCAUCUUAAGAUAGCUAGCUGAGACAACCACAUAUCACAGUUGUAGUACAUUUUCCCUCAAUAAAUAAGUUAUCAGCAAAUACAGUGCUCGUAGGAAAAGACAACUGUAUGGUUUUUUUUUGGGGGGCUGAGAUGUCUUAUUUAAUAUGGUCUUUGUAGAGGAAGGGUUUCAGACAUUUUUUCGGGAAGAUGGGCAGGGACUCUGCUGUCCUAGCAUCAGGAGGAAGCUGGUUCCACCAUUGGGGUGCCAGGACAGAGAAGACUUUGACUGGGCUGAGCGGGAGCGGACCUCCUGUAGGGGUGAGACGAACAGGAGGCCAGAGGUGCCAGAAUGGAGUGCUCUGCAGUAUGCCACGUAGGCUACUUCCCUGGCCUCCUGUCUGACUGCUGAUGCUGGGUCUGGGUCUGACCCAUCUUUCAAACAUGUGAUAGACAGAGAUUAUUGUGUUCAAUCAGAAGACAAGAAGAAGAGUGCUCGCAUCUGGGUGCCAUAGAUGGGGAGGUAAAUCCAUAGUCUAUACAACAUGGUACACUACAAACAACACUCAUCCAUGCUUGAUUGAUUGAUUUGAUACUUAAGUAUAUUCCAUGGUCCUUUCUCACAUGUUGAUGCUGCAAUAAAUGACUUGUUUAAUGUU